UCCCCGUGCUUAUUUGGGUUUCCCAAGGUUACUGUUAGCUACGUAGUCAGCGUCAUUAUAUAUUGUGAUGGGUUGCGUCACAAAGUGUUCUGGAAAAUGACAGUUUUGCUGCUCCUUUCGAAUCUGAAAUGGAAGUAUCAUUGUUUACUAAAUUAUAGCACUUACGGUGAAACUAUAAAUUAUGGGUUGCAUUUGUGCGACUCGGGAAUGACACUGAGAGUUUUCAACUCUCUACGACCAAACGAGGGUUAUAAAUUGGUGUAAGGAAUUAGAAUGCAGGUUUACAUUUUAGGGUUAAGAUUACAAAUCAGAUUUAGGGUUUUCAUAACGAACUGACAUCAGCUUUAAUGUCAAAACCGUACUAAGGUAAAUGGAUGAGUGAAUUUCGCGCCAAUACUUUAUACCCGUCUAAUUAUACCUGGUUGGUUCGUCCAUAAAUUAUAGUUUCUCCAAAUUUACACUGCAUAUUUCGAAAUUUAUUUUAGCAUCAUAGGAAACGGUUCAUUCGUAGAGUUAAAUCGACACGUCAUAUCACCAAAUAAAUAUUUCAAUGAUUAACUAAUUGUUCUUCUUUAUAACUCCAAGGGAUUCUAGCUAAACUUAUUAGAAAAAUAAUAAACAUAUAAUAGACUCUAAUAUGUAUAUAGUACUUGAUAUAUAAACUUAAGUUAGAUAUCAUAGUAUCGUCCUUAGUCGAAUCUCUAUUCAUAUCAAUAUAAAUCUUAUCCUUCAGAUAAGCUCUAUUAUAUGAGCUUUAAGACAUAAGUGACCAUUAUUUUACACAAUUAUAUUCGUUUAUACAAGUUCCUUUAAUAUUACCGGUUUUCUAGUCUUUUUCUUUAUUGGAUCUACUUAAAUAGAUACACGUGUAUCUGUUGAUAUAAAAGAUCUGUUCUUUUAACCACCCGGUUUGAUCAUCCGAUCUAAUUAUCAGGACUGUUUGUUAUUACUUGCUUCCUCUUAGUUGUUCUGGGAACAGUCUUAAUUUCUUUGUUGUUUUUUAUACUUCAAAAUUUCCUACUGAACACUUCGCGGAUGCUAAAAGCUUUUUGCUUAUAAAACCAUACGUAAAAAUGAAAAAAAGACUUAGAAUUGGACAUUUGUCGUAGAAUGACUAAAGAUAUAGAAAUUUCGAAUUCACCUCAUAGAAUCAGAGAUAAGUCUCUUGAAUUGAUUUGCUUCGAAUUGUAUGUUCUGUAAACCUUCAUAUCUACUUUUAAAUCGUUAUAAAAAUAAUAUUCUAUUAACCGUUUUAUUAGUUGUUUGUUUACUAUGAACAAAAAAGUAAUAUGCCUGUUUGACGUUGAUGGAACACUUACAAAGCCACGCAAUAUUAUAUCCGAUCAUAUGACUGAAUGUUUGCUUAAAUUGUGCUCUAAUAUUCCCUUGGCUGUGGUUAGUGGUUCCGAUUUCCAGAAGGUUUCUUCACAGAUUGGGACACUCGCUACCGAAAAAUUUAUAUAUAUAUUCUCUGAAAAUGGUUUGGUAGUACACAGUUAUGGUCAGAAAAUUAAAAGCACAAAUAUUGUUGAGCAUGUUGGUGAGAACAUCCUUCAACGUUUCAUCAAUUUCUGUCUCCAGUAUAUGUCAAACCUCUGGCUUCCGAGGAAAAGAGGAAAUUUUAUUGAAUUCAGAAAUGGUUUGAUAAAUGUGUGUCCAGUUGGACGAAGCUGUAGUCAGGAAGAACGAGAUGAAUUUGCUGAAUAUGAUGCGAAACAUAAAAUUCGCGAAAAUUUCGUCAUGAAAAUGCGUUCGGAAUUUCAUUCAAGUCCUUUAGAGUUCGCUAUAGGUGGACAAAUUAGUAUUGAUGUUUUUCCAAAAGGUUGGGACAAACGAUACUGUUUACAAUUCCUGAAAGAUUACGAUACUAUACAUUUCUUUGGUGACAAAACAGAAGAGGGUGGAAAUGAUUACGAAAUAUUCAAUGACCCACAAACCAUCGGACAUACUGUUACGUCACCGGAAAAUACAGAAGCUCAACUCAAAGCGUUAUUCCCCGAAUAUUGUUAAACAUGUAUAUAAAUAAACACUUAGCAAUAUGCAACGACAGCGGUUGGAAUAAAAAAAUAUAAGUGCUAAUUUCUAAAUUUUUUUAUAGACAAAAUUUUAGUUUACACUAGACACAGUUUAGUCUGUUUAUUUGUUACUUUGACCUUUUGUUUAUACUUAAAUAUUACUAUUGUUUAUUGGUCAUUUAUUCUAGUUUAUACGUGAUGAAGAUACUUUAUAGAACAAUAAUUAUUGCUCUUUAAUAUUGCCAUAUCUUAUCUUAUUUUGUCUUUUUAAUUCAUUAGGUUACUUUUCCUGUAGAAACUGUAUCGUAUGUUCUUGUAUUUGUGAUUAGAUAUUAGUUAGUUGAGGUUUUCGUCUGUCUACAGAUUUAUUAAGUGAGUGGUGUAAUAUUGAGUAUGUGAACCCAACUCGGUGGUUUUGUUCGACCAACACUGCUCAUCCCAUCAGUCAGCGACUUCAAAAACUCACUCCACUUUCUAGUUUGGUCACCUCUCAGCUUCCUUACAAUCUAUGUUUUCCACUAAUAAUCAUGGCUUGUCAAAGUAGGUGGUGGUUUGACCUACGUGCCAUACAUCCUAGCCACCUCAUUCGGCGGAGAUUCACAGUUUCAUCAACCAAUUUGCCACCUUUACUUAGCCUCAACACUUCUCACUUCUUUUGUUUCAUGACACGCCAGCAAUGAUUCGGAAACACCCAUAAUCAUAAGAUUUCAGCUUAUACAUAUCUCCUAUUUUCGUAGAGCGUGUUUCACAACUAUAAAUUGGAAAACAGUUAGCUACUGCUCAUGAUACUCGUCCUCUAAAUGGUGAUCAGUCAUCUCACUUUUGUCACAAGUGACGCAUGAUUUCAAAAGCGGGUUGGACUUUUUGAUAGUGUCCCCAGACUUCGUCAGGCUGCAACCCACCAGGGCUGACAAAGCUUUCAGGAUAAAUAAAGCUGUCAAAACGCUUAACUACUCCACCUUCUAUUAUUAGUUCUAUGAUAAACAAAGAUCAGCUGCGAAGCAAUGUCUUACAUUCAAGGAUGAAGAAACAUGCCUGUAUUAUUGCUCAAGGUGAUCAUAAGACUUUUGCAUUUUGUCAGAGUUUCCAUCAAACAAAUUAUUUGCCUGAGAGUAGGACGAAAAACUACCACAUUCAAUGAAUAUUAAAUCGGUAAAGGAAAUUCGUUUUUGUUCACUGCAAGUUUACAGAAAGCUGCAUAUAGAGAAUUUUGACGGCUGGAAACAAACAUUCAAAUUUACAGUAAAGAAAUAAGUGAUAGAGAUAAUAUACGAAGAGGUAACUCUUCCAAAGACUUAAGACCGCGCAAAAUAUAUAUCAGCAGUUUAAAAAAUCCUCAUAGAAUAUUCAAAAAUGAAAAAUACUUGAGCGAACGAUUGUUUUCAAUAACUUCAUCAUCAGGCUCUACAGUUAUAAGUUUAUAAUUAUGAUAUUUUACGAAGGCCAAAAUAAGGCAUCUACUAUAGAAUUUGACAAUGUUAUAUGUUAAAAAUGGUGAAAGUUUGCAUAUAUUACGAUAUAAAUACUUCAAAAUUGUGUUAUUUGAAAAUUAGAAAGGUCAUUUAAUAAUGGUCAGAAUGAUUUGGAACAGUGUCCGGUCACAAUCAGUAGAAUAGUGAUAAAAAAAGUCGUGUGAAUAAAAUGCAUAGUAAGAGAAUUUAAUCUUGUCAAUUGUGAUAAUAAUGAUAAUAGUAAUAUAAUAAUAACAAUGAUAAUAUUGUUGUGUGAAUAUAAUAUAUAAUAAGAGGGGUGUUAUCAGGGUAAUUACGAUAAACAAAAAAGGAUUCAUGUGAAUUGGGAAUGAUGGAUGUGAAGAUUAAGAUAGAUCUAAUCAAAAAAAGGAAGAGCGUAAAAGGUUUGUAAUAUUCAAUUUAAGUAUCCGGUGAUCUAGUCGUAGGCCAAGGUAAACAUAGGGGCUGGAUAUACUUUUUCUGGUUUUCGGGAGUUGAUCCAGAUGGUGUUGGCUAUGUACAGUAACCGUAGUCUAGCACACUGAGGUAGAUUUUUUGGAAUUUGGUAUAAGACAGAGAAAGCUUCAUCUAUCUUGACGUGAUGUUCGCUAUCUACCAAGUGAGAAAUGAUACUGCUGUUGGUCGACUUAGUGACUCCUUUUCCCAACCAUGCUGGUACAUAUUCACGAACACGCAAGGAUAAAGCCCUUUGAGUACGGUGUAUGUAACUAGCUCCACAGGAGCAGUUGAACUGGUAUGCACACAUGGAGGAGCCCAUCAUCGGUAAUCUAUCCUAGAUUUGAUGUGAGUACUGGUUUAGUUGAGAAAAUUAUGUGUAACUUGGCAGUGUGAAACGUUCUUUAAACAGAUCUUUUGAGUCGACGUGUUAAAAUAUCACCCGUUAUGUCCCCUUCAAAGCCCAGUCUCAGAUAUAGGGUGUUUUUACUGAGUCAUAAUUUCUUCUAUUUCUAAUACUUUGUGCUAGGAAUUUUCUGAAGAAAUUAUCUGGAUAGCCGUUAUUUCGUAGUGUAUUCUUUAGUAUAUCUACUUCGCUAUCGACGCUGUCCUCAGAACAUAAUAGCUUGAUUCAGUGGCUGAAACAUUUAACUAAAUUUAUUUUAUAUUGAAGAGGUGUAAAGCUUUGGAAAUGGGUAUACUGACCUGUUCAUCUAUUAUUUCUAAGUAUAUUUCGUUUUAUGGAACCGUCUAUCCUUCUUUAAAGUAGGACAUCAAGGAAAUUCAUACUAUUGUCUUUCUCUUCCUCGCCAGAGAUGGCGCACUAAUCGUAUGUGACGAAAAUAUCGACAAACAAGGGUUGUUGGACAUUUUCAAUAACGUCUACCCAGCUUUUAAAUUCACCAGUCGUUUCUGGAUUAAUAAAACCUUUAGUGCACCAUAGUGUUAAAAACCUAAGAAACUCAUUAUCAAUUAUUGUGAGUAAACAUACAAGUUUAAUCGUUCAACCAUCUUACCGACUAAAUGUCAUUAACUAAAAGAAGACAAUACAAAGAUGAGUGCUCUCAACACAAAGGAGGGAUUUUUAAAAUAAAUACAACCAAUAGGAAGAGAAUGCCACAAAAAAUGAAGUUGGAUUUUAAUAGAAAAUGGGGUAUAAAAAUUAAUGGUGGUAAUUUAGAACAAUUACACACACGAAUAACACUUGAGACAAAAUAAUACAGAAUCCUCAUUUUCCGUUAUUUUUUUCUUCUUAGAAAAUAUGAAUAAAAGUUUGUUAACGGUUAUAAAGUUCACUAUCAAAAGUACUGAUAUCGCUGCUUUUAAUCAACUAAAUACUACUAAUGACUAAGGUUACACUUGCAUAAUUGAAAAACACAGAAAACAUACAAAAAGUCAGCUUAAAAAAAAGAAACAAUAAAUGAAAUCCAUUCAAUAUUUGAAGGCGGACAUAAAAUUGAGAAAUGCAUUAACUAAUCAAAACAUGCAAACACCUUUGUAUGGACCAUGUGUGUACAUUUACUAAAUGGAGCAAUGAAUUGAAAGUAUAUGGA